AUGCCUGUCGAAUAUCGGCCAUUGGCGGCGGCAUCGUGCGGCAUCGUGAUGGCCUGGACGGUCUCAACUGAUGGUGGGAGGGGCAAUUGGAGAAAAAAGGGAAAAAAGCUAGCCGCCAGCGAAGGAGAGAGGGAUAAGGGAGGGAGGGUCAAGACUGGGGGGUGUAACGGAGUGGUGAAAACAGGAAAUGAAAAUGAAGCCCACGAUGCGAAACGAGACGCUGCCACGCAACCAUCCGAAUCGUGUACUCGGGGUCCUGUCGCCAACGUCGACUCGUGGGGGGGCUUCAAUAGCUAUCCCCAGGCGAAGCGCCCCCAUCUCCAAAGCUUAUACUGCCUGUCUCGUCCUGACAGGGAUAGCACUGAGGAGAAAAGGGCUAACGACAUCUGCGUGUCGACGAAGACAGACUCAGACUCAGUAGUGAAUGGAGUCAAAGUUAGGAAUCGCGGGCGAGCUAGUCCGAAACUCCAGGUUCGAGAACCGGGCACAGACGUCGAAACGGUUAGGUUAAGACUUUGA